GGUAGAAGUCCAUGAUCUACCCUCCCCACUAUCUCCCACCACACACCUGCGGCUCGGGAAGUGCCACGCAGAUUGUUAACGUGUGGUGAACCAAUCUUCUCUAUGUUUUCUGCUUUAUUCAUCUGCCUACAGUUAGCACAACUGCUAGGCAAUGGAUCCUUCUCGCCAGACGUUCUUGGGGCGGGGGCGGGGCAAACGACAGCCGGCGGGAAGCGGGACCGACAGGGCAGGAUCGCAAGGAGGCGGCCGGGGCAGGGACCAGUGGCCCUCCCAUGGCGGGGGAGACAUGUUCGGGCGGGCCGAUGUAGGGGGAGGCGGUCCUGGCCCGGGCAGAGGGCGGGGGGAGUCAGGAGGGGCGUGGGGGCAGGACAAGCGCAAAUCUGGGGGCCGGGGCAAGAAACAGAAGCGUUCUGAGCAAGGGAAACAAGCAGAGAGUGAUCCUCAGCUGGACUAUGAUGCAGCUGUGAGGAAGAUGGAGGCAGCACAGAAACAGAUGCAGGAGUCGGCCCAGCGCCACCUGGAGCAGUACGAGGACUCGUCUGAGGAGGAGGAACUCGACAAGGAGAAGAUUCUGAGUUCUGCUGUGCAGUCCUAUAACCAGGCACUUGGUUCUGAGGAAGAUGCAGACUUGAGCCAUGUUAAGCAGCACCUUGUGCAGACGUGCCACUCUGGAGCAGCCGUCUGUCUCAUCUGCAUUGCCACCAUCAAGAGAAAUGAGCCGGUGUGGAACUGCCGUCUGUGCGCGUGUAUGCUGCACCUACAGUGUAUCCAGCGGUGGGUGAGGGACGGAGUGACACAGACGUCCCUGUUGUCAGACGAACACUUUCCUAACAGGGACAUCCCAUGGCAGUGCCCAAAGUGCAGACAUGACUACAGCCAGGCUGAGACUCCCACCAGAUACUUCUGCUUCUGUGGUAAAGUGGAAGACCCUGAGUUUGACCCUUGGCUGGUUCCCCACUCCUGUGGACAGACCUGUAGCCGUGCACUACAGCCAGAAUGUGGCCACAACUGCCUUCUCCUCUGUCACCCAGGACCAUGUCCCCCCUGCCCACAGAUGGUGAAGAGCACAUGUUACUGUCGGAAGAAACCACCUGAACCCCGCAGGUGUGCAGCACGGGAGUGGUCCUGUAGCCAGGUGUGUGGUAGGAAGCUGCCCUGUGGUCUGCACACCUGUGGACAGGUGUGUCAUGCAGGAGAUUGCCCACCCUGUAGUAAGGAGAGCUCCCAGCCCUGUCAGUGUGGGCAGAAGUCAGCUGUCAGACCCUGUGCUGAGCCUACCUGGCAGUGUGACAAGGUGUGUGGGAAGCCUCUAAGCUGUGGUUUCCAUACUUGUGAAAAGGUAUGUCACAGUGGGGCAUGUGGGCCCUGUCCCAGGACUGGGAAGAGGACCUGUCCAUGUGGGAAGACAGUGUAUUCUGAUCUGUCUUGUACUGAGGAUGCACCAACAUGUAUUGACACCUGUGGGAAGGAGCUGUCCUGUGGUAGUCACUUGUGCACGGACAAGUGUCACUUUGGGCCUUGUGGACAGUGUUGGGAGAUGGCGACCAAAACUUGUCGGUGUGGCCAGAGGAAGAAAUCCCUGCCGUGUAACAAGGAGUACCUAUGUGAGACCAGGUGUACCAACAUGCGCAACUGCCAGCGCCACCAGUGCCGAAGGAAGUGCUGUGGUGGUCAGUGUCCACCCUGUGACCAGAAUUGUGGCCGGUCCCUGAACUGCAGGAAUCACAAAUGUCCAACAAAGUGUCAUCCAGGCCAGUGCUACCCCUGUAAUGAGACCGUGGACAUCUCCUGUCACUGCGGCUUUACUGUCAUCACUGUGCCCUGUGGGAGGAAGAGGGGUGCCAAACCUCCCAAGUGCAUGCAGCCAUGCAGAAAGCCUCCAGACUGCCACCACCCCCAGCGUGCACCCCACCCCUGCCAUGCCAACGACUGUCCGCCCUGCCGGCAGAGGUGCUGUCUGCCCCUGCCUGGCUGUUCCCACAUCUGCCCUCACCCCUGCCAUACUGCCGUCAAGGUUCUACAGAAACCUCAGGGGAAGCGUGCGGGUCCAUGGGAGCCUGUACUUCAGCCGGUCCUGACAGUGGUCAGGUUUGACUGUCCACCCUGCCAAGUACCUCUCCCUGUACAAUGCUUGGGAGGACAUGAGAUUAGCCCGUUACCCUGCAGCCAGGCCAGACCCUUCCCAUGUGGACGACCUUGUGGGCGGCGACUCACCUGUACCAACCACACCUGUUCGAAAAUAUGUCAUCUCGUCACCAUUGUUGGGGAUGACCCUUCACAGGCUGGUCCCGAGUGUGAGGUGUGUGAAGAAGGGUGUGGUCGGCCCCGCCCAGAGGGAUGUGUGCACCCCUGUCUCCGCCCCUGUCACCCCGGCGACUGCCCGCCCUGUGAACAGAUGGUGCGCCAACCCUGCCACUGCAAGAUCAUCCAACUCUUCAUUGAGUGCAGCAAAUGGACAGCUGCCGAUGACAAGACAAGACAAGACCUCCUGAGCUGUCAGAGCCCCUGUCCCAAACUGUUGUCUUGUGGACACCAGUGCACCCAGGUGUGCCAUGCUGGGAACUGCCCCGGGCCAGAGAACUGCAACCGUAAAACCAACAUCCGCUGUCCGUGUCGCAGGAAAAAGAAGGAUGUGCGCUGCAGUGCCUUGCAGAAGGGAGAGGCCAGGUUGGAAUGUGAUGACAUCUGCCAACAAGUCAAAGAUGAAAAACAAAAGGCAGCUGAGCUGGAAAAGGAGAAACAUGAAGAAGCUGAGAAGCAGAAACAACAGGAAGAGCUGGAGGAGUUCCAGCGUAAGAUGAACAAGAGGCGACGGCAGAGGAAGCAGAGGUCGGAGGUUGAUGAGAAGAUCCCGUGGUACCGGGACAGGAAGACUGUCGCUCUUCUGGUCUCCAUGGUUACGGUGCUGCUGUUUGCUAUCAUGUAUCAACUUACUUCUGACUGAUAGAUGAGCUUUGCUUGGAACAGAUCUUGCCUGUAGUAAAAGUUUCUAUAUUUAAGUAGAACAGAACAAUGUUGAACUUGCACCUCAGUAUCCGCAAACUGCAUUUAACCCUUUGUCUAGACAUCUUCAUAUGAUAUAAUGAAAGUAGUAAUAUAUUUAUUAUGGUCAAGAAUUAUGGCAUUUUAGCAUUGGGUAAUUUUAAUGAUGUCUUUCUUUGCUGUCCAGUGGUGUAUGAAAUGACAGGCUGUCAGAAGUAUGUUGAACAUAGAAUUGAUUAAGCCCACACCAGUUCAGAAACUGUGAUUAAUUGUUCAAAUUUUUCCAUACAUGUAUUUUGCCAGCCAUAUAUGCUAGUAUCAAAUAUGAAGUAUAUAAAUAAGAUAAAAGCAGGAAGACUCACAUGUUUGAAAUUGGUUCAUGUUAAGUGAAUACCUCAUUUGGGUGUUGGUUUUUGAAUGCUUCUGCUUGUGACAAUGUUGAUAUAUCAGAACAGGUAUGUUGUUGUAUGUUAGAAAUUACUUUUUGAUGUAACAAAAUGAAGAAACUUAAAAUGGUCUCAAUUUCUUGAGUUUUUACAUGACAUUGUGAAGUUGAAAAUAAAUUCACUUAGAAGCAAGAAUUGAUAUUUUAGGUCAGUAUUCAGUUGUGUUCAAUGUUCAGAGACCUGGAAGUUUUGUCUGUGCCUAUAUCCAUGACAAUAUUCAAGUUUUGUGUCACAUCAACAGUUCUUGCAACAUGUUUUCUAUUGCUUUGCACUG